AUGUCACUCAGUGAUGUGCAUGUAUUCGAAGACGAAGUUCCUCUGGUCAGGAGCUGCCCACAGCUGAAUCAGUUCCGGCUUCAGCACGAACACAGUGAUGUGACGAUUACUCUCAAAGAUGGUUCAUUUCUGUGUGCACAUAAAGUUAUUUUGGCAGCCAGGAUCCGAACCCUGCAACAUUUGCUCAGUGGACCAUCGUUGUCUGCGACCAAACCUGCAUUUAUUCAAUGGAAAGAUGUAUCACGAACUUGUGCCGAUAGGGUUUUGCAGUACAUUUACACUGGCCAACUUGAAGUGGAUGUUGAGCAUGCGACGGGAGUUGUUACACUAGCAAGGCAGCUGGAACUACCUCAGCUCGAGAAGUGGGUCGUCAGUUUCCUGUUAGAAAGACUUGAUGAAGGGAACCUCACAACAACCUGGAACUUCUGCCAGUCUCUCGGCAUCGAGCCUCUUGCAACGGCCUGUAUCGAGUUAAUCAAGGAGACUUUCCAGUCCUUCGCAUCAAGCAAACUUUUCACUCAUUUGCCAGCGACCGCCUUGCUUUUUCUCCUAAGAGAGGACGAUUUCAGAAAACGCUUCUAUCUUGUCGAACAGUGGAUCAAUCGACCGCUGACCAGAGGAUUAGGCGAGUGUCCUUUCCGGAAGAGCAGUCGAGGGCAAAAGCGUCUUCUCCUGAUUGGUCAGUCCAGAGGAGGUGCCGAAUGGUUGGUGCAGCCCUACGAUUUCAACUCGGAGACUGAUGUGCCCUUGGUCCGCGUCAAAGAGCGUUUUAGUGGGGCCUACGUCAGCGUUGACGGUGAGCUAGCCUCUUGUUUUUCAGUUCCUCAGUUAUUGGUCACCCAACCGCAACCUAAAGCAUAUCCACGCAUGUAA